AUGUCAGAAGCUACGAAGGAUCUUGUUGGUUCGAGUGAACAUGAUAAAAUAGGACCAGACUUCUUUGGUUACUAUACACGUUUAGUUACAGAGUUGUUAUCACAAGAAGAAGAUUUUCCACCUUUUGCUUCCCAAUCCUCUGAUCUAUCUCAAAGAAGAAGUGGGGAUGUUAGAGGGAAGGAUGUUAUUGAGCACAGUUAUGGUACUUCUGGUUCUUUAUUUGGUAACAGCAUAGGAACUGGGCUUUCAGAUUUCAAAAAGGAAAGAUUGAAAUCAUUGCUCAGGCAGGGUGUGAAUUUUCUUUCACCAGAAGUUGAUGAGAUGCUAGAACCUGUUGUUGCUAUCAGCCGGUUAAAAUCUCAGCUAAAGAGCAGAAACUGUCUAUCGUCUUCUAAAGGUACAUUACCUGACAUUGAUGCAAGGAAUGCUCACUCUAAGAGACCAAAGAGAUCUUCUUCUUUUUCUUCAACCAGUCUCCCUGCACUUUCCACUCCUACCAAUCUCGAGUCUAGCAAAGAGGUUGACGAUGAUUUGCAGUUCCUUAUAGAGAAGGAUAGCUUGCAGGUUGAGGAGACACUGAAGAAAUAUUCUGAUGAAUUUUCUGCAACAUUAGGGCACAUGGAACAGCAGCUUGAAAAACUUCUUGAUACUGUGAUGGCUUCGUGCAGGCCUAUGACCCUUCCUGAGAAACACAAGCUUGGAAAAUUGAUUCAGAAGUUACCACCAAAAAAUCUUGACUGUGUUGCAGAAAUGCUCCAACAUAGGAACGCAGCUUGUACAAAUUCCUCUGAAGAAAUUCAUGUGGAUCUUGAAAAACAGAGUAAUGUAACACUUUGGAGAUUGUAUUAUUAUGUUGAAGCAGUUGAGAAAGCUAGAAAGCUAGCCAAGUAG